CUUGAAUCAUUCUCUAUAUCCAUUCUGUAUAUUAUCCCUUUUUUUCUUUUCUUUUUUUUUAUAUAGAUAAAAUGUCUGUGACUUUACAUACUGAUCUAGGUGAUCUCAAAAUAGAAGUGUUCUGUGAAGCUGUGCCAAAUACUGCAGAGAACUUUCUCGCCCUCUGUGCAAGUGGAUAUUAUAACAAUAAUCUAAUGCAUCGAAAUAUCAAAGGUUUCAUGUUACAAACUGGGGAUCCAACAGGAACAGGGAAAGGUGGUAAUUCUAUUUGGGGACGUAAAUUUAAUGAUGAAAUUCGAUCAACUUUAAAACAUAAUGCAAGAGGUAUUGUUUCUAUGGCCAAUUCUGGACCCAAUACUAAUGGAUCUCAGUUCUUUAUCACUUAUGGAAAACAACCUCAUCUUGAUACAAAAUACACUGUAUUUGGAAAGGUGAUUGAUGGUGCUGAUACUACAUUGGAUGCUAUUGAAAAAGUGCCUGUGGAUGAAAAACAUCGACCUAUUCAAGAAUUACGUAUCCGAAAUGUGACCAUUCAUGCAAAUCCGAUUGCUGACAAGUCUGUAUAGAAUAGAUGACA